AUGGACCCUGAGGAGGUCCAGAUGGAUCCUGUCUUCCACGAGGAGCCAGGACUGAUUCAAGCAGUGACAGCCGCCCUGUGUGUCAGCGUCCUCUCUGCCUGCCUCUUCUCCAUGGGGACCCUCCUGAACCUCAGCGUGAGUGACCAUGGCCGGUCAGACUCCCUCCUUCUGUCUUGGGAUGAACCAGAGGGGGGUGCUGAGGGAUAUUCGCUCACCCUCUCCUCCCUGGGGUUGGGCACGCUGCUGCAGAAUGGAUCUGCUGGACCCAACAUCACCAGCUUCUGGUUCCACGGGCUGACCCCUGGCAUGCGCUACGAGAUUGAGGUGACAGCCACGCUUGCCUGCAUGGAGACGACCAGCCAGGCAGUCACAGCACAGACAAGUCCUUCACCGGUCCGCAACCUGAGCCUGAGCAGCGGCGGGAGGUCUGCCGUGCUGCAUGCCUCCUGGGUGCAUGCCCGUGGGCAGCGAGAUGGCUACCACCUUGCCCUCUACCACAGUGACUCUCAGACGCUUGUGAGAAAUGCAUCUGUCCCGCCAAAUGCCUCCACGUUCCUGUUUGAUGGAUUGCUGGCUGGCAGCGAGUACGCCUUGAAGGUCAGCACGCUGGCUGGAUCCAGCCAGGCAAGCACCAGUAUCCACCAAUGGACAGCUCCCUCCAUCCCCACCCAGCUGAGGCUUAGCCCGGGCUCCAGCACCAGCCUUGUCGCCUCCUGGGUGGGUGCCAGGGGGGCCGCCUGGCUGCACCUCGCGCUCCACAACCUUCUCACCCAGACCGUGACCACAACCCUGUCAGCCCGGAGGGGCCUCACCAGCUACACCUUCCAGCAUCUCCACCCCGGCACCCAGUACUGGCUGGGGCUGAGCGCCACGGCAGGGCCCUACACUGUGGGGGGGCCCAAUGCCACCGCUUGGACAUACCCCCUGAGCCCUGGCAAUGUGACCCUGAGCAGCUCGGAGGAGCAGAGCUCCUUGCAGGCUCGCUGGAGCACCCCAGCGGGAGAGAGGGACUUCUACCUGGUGACGCUGCAGGAGGGAGAGGAUGGUGCUCUGACGAGGAACAUCUCUGUCGGUGGAGACAAUGAUCAUGUCACCUUCCACGGGCUGAGCCCCGGGAAGCGAUACUCUGUCCAGGUGACGGCGGUGGCUGGGCCUUACCGGGCAUCAGCCCGCAGCACAACAGCCUGGACACAGCCACUAGCACCAUCUGGUGUGAGUCUGUCCAGCCAGGGGAGCCCCUACAGCCUACUAGCCAGCUGGGAGGAGGCAAUGGGAGAGGGCUACGUGCUGGCCUUGAGCCACAUGGAGCACCUUGUGAAGAACAGCUCACUGCUCAGAGGUGUCACCAACUUCACCUACGAGGGCCUCUGCCCUGGGACCCUCUACACCUUUGAGGUCAGCACCAUGGCUGGCCCCUACACAUCCACACCCCGGCGCAUCACCAGCUGGACAUAUCCUUUGCCCCUGGAGCAGCUGGCCCUCAGCAAUCAGGGCCACAGCACCUCCCUGCAAGCCUCCUGGAGAGCAGCUCCCUCUGGCAGCACUGGCUACACAGGCACGCUCUGGGAAACCAAGUCCCAGGAGCGGGUCAGGAAUGUGACUCUGGGGAACAACUGGACAAAUGUCACCUUUGAGGACCUGGUCCCUGGGCGACAGUAUACACUGGAGAUGGCUGCUAUGGCUGGACCUUACAGAUCCCCUGUGCGAUCAGCCACAGACUGGACAUACCCCCUGGCUCCGGCCGGCGUGACCCUGACCAACACCCGACACCCGCUGGGACUCUCUGCCUUCUGGGACAAGGCUGCUGGCGAUGUGGACCAGUUCCACCUCCAGCUCUACAGCAAGAGCCAUCCAGCACAGAGGAACAUCUCAGUGGGGCCAAACACCCACAACUUCACGUUCCUGGGGCUGUCCCCUGGCAUUCAGUACUUCCUGAAGGUGACCGUCCUCGCUGGCCCGUACAGAUCCUCGUCACACUUUGCCACCGAGUGGACGUAUCCACUGUCUCUGGCUAAUGUGAGUGUACAGCCUGGCCGGAGACCCCAGGAGCUACAUGUGAGCUGGGUGGAGUCAGGCGGUGGCAGAGACCACUUCGUACAGCUCUCGGUGGCUGAGUCCCUGUCCAUCAUCAGGAAUGUGUCCAUCCCCCGUGGAGUCACCCAGCUUGACCUUGAGGGGCUGGUGCCAGGGUCCCGAUACCGUGUGGAGAUCAUUUCUCAGGCUGGGCCUCAUCGCACCUCCUCUCAGACUGCCAUCGGCUACACUGCAAGGACCCUGGAAGCAGGGAAGGACAGCACCAAUGUCACACUGGCACGGCUGGCACCAGGAACUUGCUACCUUGUUGGGAUCUGGGCAGUAGCUGGACCCUACCGCUCCCUCCCCAAGAACGUCACUGGCUGCACAGUUCCUGCUGCACCGACAAACCUGAGCCUUACCAACCCAGGCAGCUCCUCAGAGCUUUACACGUGCUGGAACAAGCCCCGUGGUGGGAGGGACCACUACCGUGUUAUUCUGUAUAGCCUCAGCACCCAGAGCAGGGAUCGGGUCCAGACCUUGAGUCCGGAUGCCCAGAACAUCACCUGGACUCACUUGGAGGCAGGCAGCAGGUUUGCUGUGCAGGUCACUGCUGUGAAAGGCUCGUUCGAAGCCUCCUCCACCAACGUCACCCAAUGGACACAUCCCUUGGCCCCUGCCAACCUCACCCUGGGCAGCCCCUCUGCCUCCACACUGCAGGUCUCCUGGGCAGCAAUGGGGCGAGGAGCAGAAGACUACGUGGUGGAUGUCUAUGACACAGCCUCCAGCAGUCGUGUUGGGCGCAUGGUGCUGGGUGGGGAUGCCAGGAGUCACACCUUCAGGAACCUGAGCCCCGGCACCCGCUACAGCGUGGCAGUGAGGGCCACAGCUGGGCCCUUCCACACCAGCACCCCCAACCUCACCCACUGCACACGCCCGCUGCCCCCAGCUGCCGUGCACUGGCCCACCACAGGGCACCCUGACAGGCUGAGCGCGUCCUGGGGAGCUGCGGCCGGGGAGCGAGACAGCUACACACUGACCCUGUACCGCACGUGGCUGGGCACCGUGGCAGCUACAGCCUCACUCAGGAGAGACACCCACAACUUCACCUUCAUGGGCCUGACCCCAGGAUACGAGUACUCCCUGGAGGCCAGUGCCACAGCUGGACCAUACCAGGCAGCAGCACCCAACAUCAGUGGCUGGACACGGCCGCUGCCCCCAGCCAUGGUGCGCUUGCUGAGCAUGGGGCACCCCAACAGGCUGAGCGCGUCCUGGGGAGCCGCAGACGGGGGGCGAGACGGCUACGCACUGACCCUGUACUACGCACGGCUGGGCACUGUGGCAGCUACAGCCUCACUUGGGAGAGACAUCCACAACUUCACCUUCACGGGACUGGCCCCAGGAAGCAAGUAUGUGCUGGAAGUGGUGUCCAUGGCAGGAUCCUACCGGACACCUGCAGGGAACGUCAGCAACUGGACGUACCCCCUGGCACCCCGUAACGUGUACAUGACGAACCAGGGGUAUCCCAACAGACUGAGCGCAUCCUGGCGAGCUGAACCCCAAGGACAAGACAGUUACAGGCUCCUCUUGUAUCACUCGGGAUCAGGACACAAAUACCUGCUGGAAGUGAUGUCCAUGGCAGGGCCCUACACAGCCUCCGCAGGGAACAUCAGCGACUGGACAACCCCCUCAGUUCCCAAAAAUCUCUCUGCGGUGGCUGAAGGAAACAACACGAUGCUCAUCUCCUGGGGCAGUGUCUCCGGACAGCAGGACGACUGCCAGCUGUGGCUGCGGGAUCCCAGGAACAGCACACUGCCCUGGAGGCAUGCUCUCAGCAGAGGGCAAGUCCAGCACCUCAUCCAAGGGCUGAUCCCAGGGAGGAACUACUCUGUCUCCUUGAGCUGCGUGGCCGGGCCCUACUGGAGCAGCACCAAACCCUUGGCAGUGCCGAUGGAUGUGGAGGCUUAUGAGGUGGUGACAGAGAGACUCUCUGAUGGACCUCCCACCUCCAAGUAUGUCAUGAGCAUCCCUACAAGUGAGGCCAGUCUGGAGGGGCUGGGGCCAAACUCAUCGUACCGAAUUGUUGUGAGCACAGUGGGCAUGAACACAAUGAAGAGCCAGGCUGUGACUCUGCUCUGCAACACAACAGUGGAGGCCCUGCCUCCGCCCCUGCGAGCAGACAUCUUCCAGGUGGAGGCCAGCUCCACGGUUAUCAUUUCAUCUGACCUGUUCAGCGAGGAGAACGGCCAGAUCGAGUAUUAUGGUGUUAUUGCUACCACUAACGAUUCAUUGCUGAGGCCCACCCCGGAAAUCGUGUCCAGCACAUGGUAUGACCACUAUUAUGGGACAGAGGACUCCUACCUGGCUGUGGUAAUCCCCAAUCCCUUCCAUCCGAGCCCCAGGAGCUCCCCCGAAACCUGGCGAGUACCAGUGGGAACAGAGGAGUGUGGCCAGUCCAGGGCAACGUGCAACGGGAAGCUGAAAGCCAACGAACAGUACAGGUUCAGCAUCGCUGCCUUCACCAAGUAUGACCCAGUAGCCCCUGCAGUGACGUUCACCAUGUUCUCAGCUGCUGGAUCUGGUGCAGACGCAACUCCACUCUCAAUGCCAAUAAUUGCUGGAAUCGUCGUGGGAUUUCUCUUGACACUUGCAGCUAUUUUUGCUUUGGUCUACUGGAAACAGCUCAGAGCGAAGAGAACGAAGAAGAGCAGCCUGCCCCAGGAAAUGGUGACCUACAGCUUGAGAAACGUCCAUCGGCCAAUUCCCAUACAGAACUUCAAGCAGUACUAUGAGAUGAAGACAGCAAGUGCUAACCAUGCUUUUUUCCAGGAGUUUGAGGAGCUGAAGGAAGUUGGGAAGGAGCAGCCAAAGGUGGAGGCCGAACUACCAGCCAACGUCUCCAAGAACAGAUAUCCCCACGUGCUGCCCUAUGAUCACUCUCGGGUCAAGCUGAGCCAACUGGGGGAGGAUCCACACUCAGACUACAUCAAUGCCAACUUCAUGCCUGGCUAUACAUCCCAGCAGGAGUUCAUUGCCACCCAGGGGCCCCUGAAGAAAACAAUAGAGGACUUCUGGAGGCUGGUGUGGGAGCAGAAUGUCUGCAACAUCAUCAUGCUGACAGUGUGCAUGGAGAACGGGCGGGUCCUCUGUGAUCAUUACUGGCCAUCCGAAUCUGCCCCGAUCUCCUAUGGGCAGGUCCAGGUCCACCUGCUGACGCAGAGCAGCUCCGAGGAGUGGACCAUGCGCGAGUUCAAACUGUGGCAUGAGGGUCUUCAGGUAGAGCGGCACGUGUCCCACCUGCACUACACGGCAUGGCCCGACCAUGGGAUCCCAGAGUCCACGACUUCCAUUAUGACCUUCAGAGAGCUGGUCCGGGAGCGCAUCCAGAGCACCAAGGACGCGGGGCCGACCCUCGUGCACUGCAGUGCCGGGGUGGGCCGCACUGGCACCUUCAUUGCCCUGGACCGGCUGCUGCAGCAGAUGAAGCAGGAGAAGGUGGUGGACACGUUUGGUGUUGUUUACGCCUUGCGGAUGAACCGCUACCUGAUGAUUCAGACGCUGUCCCAGUAUGUAUUUCUGCACAGCUGUAUCCUGGAAAAGAUCUUGGAGGAACCACUCCUGGGUUUAUCAAGGACAGAGAGGUCCUGCCCCAUCCCGCUGAAAAACUUUGCUCAGCACUAUGCCCAGAAGACAGCAAAGUCCCAUGUGGGCUUCCUGAGGGAGUACGAGACCCUCCUAGAGGUUGUCAAGGAAGAAGCCAGCUCUGCAACACCAUCUUCAGGCAACCAGCAGACACGAUCCUCUUCCAGCAUCCUUCCAUACGAUCGCUCCAGAGUGAAGUUCUCCCUGCUGGAACAGGGCCCUUUCUCAGGUCUCCUGCAGGUGUGGCGCAUCCCGGGCUGCAGCUCCAGCAGGGAGUAUCUGGCUGUCCAGGGGCCUGACAAGUUGACCAUGGAGGACUUUUGGACCCUGGUGUGGGAACAGGAUGUUCAUACCAUCCUAACUCUUCUCCCAUGGCAGGAGAAAGGGGAGGUCCCAAGUGAGGCGUGCUGGCCCCUGGAAGGAGACUCUCUCUGCACAAAGAUGCUGACUAUCCAGUAUGGCACGGAGAAGCUUGUCUCCGGAUGGAGGUGUAUCCAGCUCAAAAUGAAACAUGAGAAGAAAGCAAAGGAGAGGCAGGUACAACGGUUCCUAUACACGUUCUGGAGCAGCAAGAAACAGCCAGAUGUCCAGAGCCUGGUGGAGCUCCUCACUGCUGUCAGACGCAGUGGCGUGAGCCAAAUGGGGACACUGAUCUCCCUGGAUUGCCUGUUGCACCAGAUGAAAGCCGAGAGAAUGGUGGAUGUCUACGGGGUGACCCUCCAGCUGACGAGAAGCUGCUGUCUCAUGACCCCGACGCUGGACCAGUACAUGUUCCUGUACACCUGCAUCCGGGACAUCAUCGCUCAGAAACAGCCCUAA